AUGAACCCAGUGUCCCAGAGUGCGGCGCAGUUUGCCGGGGGGGGGAUGCAGGAUGAGCAGGCGGAGAGCUGGAGGCAGCAGCCCCUGGAACGACAGGGCAGCUUUGGACCGAGACUACCUCCGAACCUGGACACCAACAGAGACGCAGCCGGGGAGCCCGACGAGAUAGACAAACUCAAAGCCAAACUGAUGUCAGCAUGGAACAAUGUCAAAUAUGGUUGGGCUGUUAAGUCUAAAACAUCUUUCAACAAGAUAUCACCAGUCACUGUCCUGGGCCACUCCUAUCAGCUCAACAGUGAAGAUGAGGUGGAGCGGUUCCGUCUGGCUUUUGUCUCCAGGAUCUGGCUGACCUACCGGAAGGAGUUUCCUCAGCUGGAAGGCUCCACCUGGACCACAGACUGUGGCUGGGGCUGCAUGCUGCGCAGUGGACAGAUGCUGCUGGCACAGGGGCUUGUCCUCCAUUUGAUGCCCAGAGAUUGGGCUUGGCCUGACGCUCAGCAGCUAACCGAUGUGGACUUCGAGGUGUUCCGACCGCGCUCCCCCGUACGGGCCGGAGGGGUCCCCAUCCCUUCCUUUGGCUCCCAACGAGGAACAAACACCCCAGAGAGGGCCUUGUCAAGCAGCCAGGCGCCCAAAAGUAGCCUGAAGAAAAGGCCCGAGUCUGCAAGAGACCGCCAGGCGGAACCCAACCACCGCAAGCUCGUCAACUGGUUCGGGGAUCAGCCUCCUGCGCCUUUUGGCGUUCACCAGUUAGUGGAAAUUGGCAAAGGUUCGGGGAAGAAGGCUGGGGACUGGUACGGCCCCUCAAUAGUUGCACACAUUUUACGAAAAGCAGUGGCUAAAACCUCCGUGGUGCAAAACCUUGCCAUAUAUGUGGCUCAGGACUGCACAGUGUACAAAGAGGACGUGGCACAUCUUUGUGAUCCCUCACUAAGCCAGAGUCCCCCUGAUCCUUCACACCAAACCUGGAAGUCUGUCAUCAUACUUGUGCCUGUACGGCUGGGAGGAGAGGCCCUCAACCCGUCCUACACCGAAUGUGUCAAGAAUAUCCUGAAGCUGGAAUGUUGCAUUGGGAUAAUUGGAGGAAAACCAAAGCAUUCACUCUACUUCAUUGGCUUUCAAGAUGAGCAGUUACUGUUUCUGGACCCUCACUACUGCCAGGCAGUUGUUGAUGUUACUGAAGCUAACUCCUCACUAGAGUCAUUCCACUGUAGUGCUCCUAAAAAGAUGCCCUUUAGCCGGAUGGAUCCCAGCUGUACCAUCGGCUUCUACGCGAAGAACAAGAAAGACUUUGAGUCUCUGUGUUCUGCCGUCAGCUCGGCUCUCUCAUCCUCCAAGGAAAAGUAUCCCAUCUUUACCUUCGUAGAUGGACAGAGUCAGGACUAUGGACUGGAGGGUCACAGCAGCAACCACAGCGCACCUGCAUCUCACAUUCUGCCGCCAGGCAAACUGAGCAGGAGUAACACCAGGAGAAGCAGCGAUGACUUUGUGUUCCUGUGA